UCUGGCAGAGAGCCGCGGGGCGCGCAGGGAUGAGUCUGGUGGCCGCGACCCUCAGCGGCCGGGCGAGGCCUGGGGGCCACUCGGAGGACUCCACAACCGCCCCCGGGAACAGUACAGGUAUGUGUACCCAAAUACAGCCACCCCAGAGGGGUACCCUCCAAGUCCUUCGUGGUGAUGGCGCAUCUGUGGGGACUGUCAUCAUAUUCUACUGCCCCUCAGGACACCAGAUGGUGGGGUCGGGCCUGCUUACCUGUAUCUGGAAGGGGAGCAUCGCUGAAUGGUCUUCAGGGACCCCUGUGUGCAAAUCUGUGACACCCCACGAGACGGUUGGCUUCAGGGUGGCCGUGAUCGCCUCCAUCAUCAGCUGUGCCAUCAUCCUGCUCAUGUCCAUGGCCUUCCUUACCUGCUGCCUCUUGAAGUGUGUGAAGAGGACCAAGCAGCAGCACCUUGACAGAGCUGCCCCACUGUGGCUCCAGCUGAGAGGCGAAGACUUGGAAACGGUGCAGGCCACCUACCUGGGACUCAGGGGCUUGAAUAGCAACAACAGUGGCCUCUUUGAGUCUAGGAGCCAGCCUGGCCAGGCGCAUGACAACCACAGCUUUACCAUGUGUGCAUGGGCCUGGGUGUUUGGGGCACGGGAUUGAGGGAGGCCUUGGCUUGGUCAGGACAGGGCUAAAGACCAGGACCCUGGGGGUACUGGCUGCCCCCACAUUCUGAUCAGGCUCACUUGGGCUUCAAAUCCUGGCCCAAAAACAGGCGGAUGAUCCUGCUAGCACCCAGUCCUGACCUUGCACCCUAACACGCAGAACCACGUCCACCCCAUGUCUUAAUCUUGAGAAUUCAAACCUGAAGAAAAGGUGAAGUUUCUGAACAUGAGUGUUCUCUUCAUCUAGACCCAGCAGGGCUCCACGGUGUGCGCAUAGACUCACUCUGUCCUCCUACCUCUCUUUUUCUCCCUUUUAACACACAUACACAGAGGAUUUUUUUCUUAUGCAUCCAUUGCUGACUCAAGAAGUCUAAUCCUGGCUGAAUGUGGGCUGUGAUAUUGUAUAUCUCCCUAUGUAGUCUCCUGCUUUUGAGUACAUACUCUCUCACCCAGGAUCCCAUGUGGCACUGGCAGCCAGAUCUCUAGACUCCUUAAAUUGGGACAGGCUUUCUGUCUUGGUGGCCAUUGGUCCCCUACAGAGGCCAUGUCCUAGGGCAUCUGUCACUGGUGCUUGGGCUUUGUUUCUUUCACAGGUGCUGUGGGUGGCGCUGGUGAAGGGCAGACUGUUCCCCAUGGGCAUGUAUACUAGGGUGUUUUAGCGAAGGCAAGUCCAUGUCAGGUGAUGAAGAAGGGAUUCUGCAAAGAAUCACUCUGCUGCCCCCAGACCUUUGACUUGGGCCUCAGCAUCCAGGGAUGAUCUUGCUGGAAUCAGUUUUUCCCAUAGGGCUUACAAAAUAAUUAUUUUAAUUCUGUUGUUAUUCUGUCAUUUUUUUCCUACACAAAAUGAGGAUGAGUUCUGUUUUGUCUAACCUUUCCUUUUUAUUUUGUUGUUUUUGUAUCACUUUGAACUCAUGGUAUUCUUUUCUAAAACUUUAUUUUGGGAAAAUUUCACAAACACAAAAGCAGAGAAUAGUGUCACGGGUCUCCUGUCCCCACCUGCCAUCCUCAGCAGCCUCUACCCCCACAUCGUCUGGACACAAUUCCCUGUGGGCUCCAAACCUCCCUAGUGGGAGCCCAACAUGCUGGCUGCUACCUACUUGUUCCCCUUUCAAUCCUUUCUCCCACAAGACAUCUCAGCCCAUCUAGUGCUUUCUCUGCCCAGGCCU